UCGAGUGAAUUAGUUGUGGCGCAUAGUUUGAUAUUUGCGUUGCUUUGGCUGAAUUUUCAAACGAAAUGAAGCUAAUUUUACUGGUGUGCUUAUCAGUGAUUAGUGCCAAUGAAGCGGCCCGGAUCCUGUGUGUUUUUCCAAUACCUUCAAUCAGCCAUCAAUUGGCCUUCCGACCAUUACCAUUAGAGCUAGCAAAACGGGGCCACGAGUUAACCGUUCUCACGACUGAUCCUAUCUUUACUGAAGGCCAAUCCCCUGAAAACUAUACAGAAAUAGACGUCCACGAUGUAUCUUACGAUGCCUGGAAGAAAGGUUUCCUACAGACGUCAAGAGGAAAAUCUCAAGAUAUUUUCGAACAAGCUAGAGUUGCAAUGACUGUUAUAAGUAAAGUUGUCGCGAAACAAUUACAGACCGACGAAUUUGAGGCGGUUUUGAAGGGCGCAAAAAAAUUUGAUUUGCUAAUUAUCGAAGCCCCUGUUAAAAUACCUAGGAUACUCAGUCACAUUCUGGGCGCACCCAUGAUACUUAUGAGUUCUAUGGGCGGAGCCUGGGAUCUUUACGACAUUGUCGGAGCACCAAGCCAUCCACUGUUAUAUCCCGAUUUGUUAGCCCAAAGAUUAGAUAAUCUAACGUUAUGGGAAAAGCUACACCAGUUAUACAACUACUAUUCAUUUGUAAGUUUGUUUGAUAAGCUGGAGAUCGAGGAUGAUGUGCUGAUUAAGAGUAUUUUUGGGCCGACGAUGCCAAAAUUAAGUGAAAUGAGGAAUAAUGUUGAGUUGGUGCUGUUGACAACGCAUCGCAUUUGGGAACACAAUCGUCCGGUUCCACCCAAUCUUAUUUACGUUGGAGGAAUUCAUCAGAUGCCACAAAAAGAACUGCCUUCGGAUCUCAAAGCCUUCUUAGAUUCAUCUCAACACGGAGUUAUAUACAUAAGUUUCGGCACCAAUGUUUUACCUUCGCUGUUGCCACCAGAACGGAUCCGAAUUUUGGUAAAAGUUUUUUCUGAACUACCCUACGAUGUGCUGUGGAAGUGGGACAAAGAUGAACUUCCCGGAAGAUCUAAAAACAUCAGGAUCUCCAAGUGGCUACCACAAUCUGAUUUACUUAGGCAUCCAAAAAUAAAACUCUUCAUAACCCAAGGUGGUCUCCAGUCAACAGAAGAAGCGAUCACUGCGGGAGUUCCCCUAAUUGGGGUGCCGAUGUUGGGUGACCAGUGGUACAACGUAGAACAGUACGUGAGACACAGAAUUGGACUAAGACUUGACUUGGACGAGCUAUCUGAAGAUAAACUGAGGAGUUUCAUUGAAGAGAUCAUUAAUGAUCAAAGCUACCGUCAGAACAUAGCUCGUCUCCGAAGCCAGUUGUACGAUCAGCCUCAGAGCUCGUUGGAGCGCGCCGUGUGGUGGACGGAGCACGUGCUGCGUCACGGAGGAGCCCAGCAUCUCCGAGCUGCCGGCGCCAAUCUAUCCUGGACACAAUACUUGGAAUUGGAACUUGUUUCAGUAUUGCUUAUCGCUUUUGUCGUAAUGCUCAUGAUUUUAAUUUCCAUAAUAUUGUAUACGUGGAAGCUUCUAAGUAGUUUAGGUCUAAAGACUAAGUUGAAGAAAACCUAAGGCUUUUUUUGUAAAAAAAUGCGUGAUAGUAUCACUGGUUCCUAGUACGAUGGCAAAAUGAUUUUGUUUAAUAAUACAAUAUUAUUAUUAUAAACUACUCAAAACAAAAUAGGGCCCACCAUGUUUUAUAAAUUAAUUUUACAGAUUCUUUUUCUUUUUUUAGUUUUUAUGAUUAGGAAUGAAUAAAUUAAGGUUUUCGAAAGUGUGUGAACAUUAACAAUAGAUAAACAUGUCAACAAUACUUCGAAAUGUUUAACUUGACUAUUUACUACCCAACAAAUUUUUUUAGACGAAAUUCGAGAUUAACUUAAAGUGGGCCCUAUUUUGUUUUGAGUAGUUUAUUACUUUUUACACGCAAUGUAUUACAAUCUAUAUAAUAUGUACAUAAAAAUGAAUUGCUGUUCGUUAGUCUCCGAGUCUAAAACUCGAGAACGGCUGGACCGAU